ACAAUAAAAACUUUUUUUUUUUGAAGGUUGAUUCAUGGUUAUUAUUUUGAGGGAUUUGAACCGAUAGAAUUUGCCACGAAUAAGCAAACAAACAAAUUGAUCAUCAUGUUGAUCACAAGAAUCAUAACAUUAUAUCCUCGUGGACAAAGUAAAAAUCUUUUAACUAAAAUUGGUCAACAAAUUCGUAAUGAUUCAACAUUUGCAAAAGAAGCUGAAAAAUUUAUGGCAAGACAUGCAAAACGUGGCAGUCCUCAAAGUCCAUAUAUGUUAGGUCUUACAUAUAAAAUUCAAUUAACAUCAAUGUUAUCAUUAACACAUCGUAUUACUGGUGUUGGUCUUGGUUUAAUUAUCUAUGGUUUUGGUAUUGCUGAAUUAUUAUAUUCGAAUAAAAAUUAUGCCCAAUUAUUAGAAUCAUAUGCCGAUGUUAUUCCUUGCAAAUCAAUUUUUAAAGUAAUGUGUGGAACUGCAUUAGCCUAUCAUACAUUCAAUGGUAUUCGUCAUCUUUGCUGGGAUAUGGGUUAUGGUUAUUCGAUACCACGUCUUUAUCUUACCGGUUAUGUUGUUCUUGGAAUAACAGCACUUUGCAUGGUUGCCUUGUUGGCUAAACAACAAUAAUAACUUUACAAGAUUCAAAA